GGCGCGCCGGCCCCGUGUCCAGCAUCAGGCAGGCUUCGGGGCUCGGGGUUUGGCCCUCGCUGAGGCCAGUGGCCCGACUAGGUGUCCGCCAGGGGGGCCGCCCGCGAAGGCUCCCGCGAGCCGCUGGCCCUGGGAGUCAGUUCAUGUGCCCGGCUGAAGACGGCAGCAGCUACAAGCUCCAGGCGCCCCGGCCCCACGCUCUCUGAAUACCAAGCUGCAGGCAAGCUGCCCGGGGCUUUUUUCUUUCUUUCUUUCUUUCUUUUUUGCUUUCUUGCUUUUUUUUUUCUCUCCUUCCAUUCAGAGUGGACAAUCCACACCGAUUUGUUUUCAGGGGAGGGGAGAGGAGACAGGGCCUGGGGUCCCAAGUCGCACACAAGUCUUCGCUGCCAUGGGGGCUGUCAUGGGCACCUUCUCGUCCCUGCAGACUAAACAAAGGCGACCCUCUAAAGACAAGAUCGAGGAUGAGCUAGAGAUGACCAUGGUUUGCCACCGACCUGAGGGACUGGAGCAGCUCGAGGCCCAGACGAACUUCACCAAGAGAGAACUACAAGUCCUUUACCGGGGAUUCAAAAAUGAGUGCCCCAGCGGUGCAGUCAAUGAAGAAACAUUCAAGCAGAUCUACGCUCAGUUUUUCCCUCAUGGAGAUGCCAGCACAUAUGCCCAUUACCUCUUCAAUGCCUUCGACACCACCCAGACAGGCUCUGUGAAGUUCGAGGACUUUGUGACUGCUCUGUCCAUUUUGCUGAGAGGGACAGUCCAUGAAAAACUAAGGUGGACGUUUAAUUUGUAUGACAUCAAUAAAGACGGCUACAUAAACAAAGAGGAGAUGAUGGACAUAGUCAAAGCCAUCUACGACAUGAUGGGGAAGUACACCUACCCUGUGCUCAAAGAGGACACUCCCAGGCAGCACGUGGACGUCUUCUUCCAGAAAAUGGACAAAAAUAAAGAUGGCAUCGUAACUUUAGAUGAAUUUCUUGAAUCCUGUCAGGAGGAUGACAACAUCAUGAGAUCUCUACAGCUGUUCCAAAAUGUUAUGUAACUAAGGACACUGGCCAUCCUGCUCUCAGAGACAAUGAACAAACAAACACCUUAAUGCCCUGAUCUGCCCUCGUUCUGAUUUUACACACCAACUCUUGGGACAGAAAUACCUUUUACACUUUGGAAGAAUUCUCUGCUGAAGAUUUUCUACAAAAUCUGGCAUCAAGUGGCUCAGUCUCUGAUUGCCAACUCUUCCUCCUUACUCCUCUUGAGAGAGAUGAGCUGAAAUCUGAGUUUGUUUUGGGAGCAUGCCCAUCUCUUCAUGCUGCUGCCCCGUGGAAGGCCCCUCUGCUUGAGCUUAAACAAUAGUGCACAAUUUUAUGCUUACAUAGCCCCGACUCACUGCCUCCCAGUCAGGCAGACCCUGGUGAAUCUGGAAGCCAGAGGACCUGAGCCAAAUGUACACCAUCCUCUGAUGGCCUCCCAAGCCAAUGUGCCUGUUUCUCUUCCUCUGAUGGGAAGAAAGAGUGUUAUACAGUUAGAACAGUUAGUUUAUCAUGCCAAGAUUGGGAGAGGCAGCACCUAAUACUUGUAGAAUAGGACUGAAUUAUUAAGCAUGGUGUUAUCAGAUGAUCCAAACUGCCCAUGUCAUUUGUUUCCAGAGGUAGGGACUAAUAAUUCUCCCACACUAUCAUCUGUGCUCAUAGAGCAAGUCUCUUAACAUGCCCAGGAGGGGAACCAUUGCCCAGUGGUCUAUCCCUCCUCUCCAUUCCCUGCUCAAGUUGAACACUGCAUGCCCCUCCCAGAAGGUCCAGAAUGCCUGCAAAAUGCUGUACUUUUAUACCCUGUUCUAAUCAAUAAACACAACUAUUUCGUA